UACCAAAAAUUUAUUUAUUGACAAAAACGUGCUCCUUUGGCUUUAGUUGGCUUUGAUAAAUCCUCGAUUUUUAAGUGAAAAUGAAGUUAAGCACCUAUAAUUUCCUUACCUCCAAGGCCAUUAAGGGCGUCAAAGUCGGCUACCCCUUGAAAUUGACGAUUGCCAAGAAAGAUGUUGUGGAAACAGAAUUUAAUCCCACCUUUAUUGAGCGACUGUUGCCAAAAUUGGAUUGGAAUACCGUGUAUUUGGCAGCACAAACUGUCGACUUAGCCGAUGACAUACCCCAGGAACAGCCAGCCGCCGUUGCAGACAAUGAAGAGCUCUUGCAAAGACUACAUCAUCUCCUGCUGGAAAUUGAUGUCUUGGAGGGACAAUUGGAAUGCCCUGAAACGGGUCGAGUAUUUCCCAUAACAGAUGGCAUACCAAAUAUGCUCUUGAAUGAAGAUGAAGUUUAGUUGCGCAUAGUCGCCGUUCGGCAUUUAAAUAUUUGUAGAAGAUUUGUUACAUUUUAAUUACCAAUAAGUUAAGGAUAUUAAUAGUGAAUCAUCGAAAGGACAUUAAA